AUGCUACAGUUAUUCGUGAGAACUGUGUCUGGAAGAACUCUUCCGCUACAGGUGGAGAGUGGAGAAACCGUGGAGACGGUCAAACAGAUGCUCCAGGAGCGAGAGAACGUGGAUGUCGAUCACCAGCGCCUGGUUUUCGCUGGAAAGGAGCUGGAUGAUAGCAAGACACUCGAGUCUUACAACUUGAAGGGAGAUGAAACUCUGGAAAUGCUUUUCAAGAUUGCUGGAGGAGUGAUCGAGCCCACCUUGGCUGCUCUGGCCAAGAAGUACAACUGUGAGAAGAUGGUGUGCCGUAAGUGCUACGCUCGUCUUCCUCUUCGUGCGCAUAACUGCCGUAAGAAGAAGUGUGGACACAGCAACCAUCUGCGCCCCAAGAAGAAGCUGAAGUAACUGUGAAUGUGUAUCAUAGAUGUAUU